AUGAGAUUCAAAGAAAUGAACGAUCAAAAAAGAACGAGCAGAGAAUCUUCAAUCCAGAUCACGAACAAUUAUCUUCAAAAUGUCUCGACGCACAAGAAGAUGACGAAUGAUGAGAGCGCCUCUUUGAUGCCUCCAGUCGAGCGGCAAGCUCUGAAUUUGAAGAAAGUUGACAAUCGCGAAAGUCCUUACAAAUUCAACCAUCUUCCGAAGCGGCAUCCCUGCACAAUCGAAUUUAAUCAACUCAGUUAUUUCGUCCCUGAGGGAUCAAUCUUUCACGACAAGGGAUUCAAGACAAUUCUCAAAUCCGUUUCUGGCUCCUUCCGAGCAGGAGAACUGACCGCGGUCAUGGGUCCUUCCGGCGCUGGCAAAUCGACUCUUCUCAACAUCCUAGCCGGCUACAAAGAGCUCGGCACUCGCGGCACGGUCAACAUCAACAAAAAACCGCGCGUUCCCUCGAAAUUCCGAAAACAGAGCUGCUACAUUAUGCAGGACGACCAACUGCUACCCCAUCUGACUGUGAUGGAGGCGAUGAUGGUCUCGGCACAGCUCAAGUUGAAGAAAUCGCAGGACAAGAAAGAACUGGUGAAUGAGAUUAUCACUUCUCUCGGGCUCUGGAAUGCGAGAAACACGCAAACUUCGGCGCUUUCUGGCGGACAGCGAAAACGACUCGCUAUUUGCUUGGAGCUUUGCAAUAAUCCACCAGUGAUGUUUUUCGACGAGCCCACUUCUGGCCUCGACUCGCAGACUUCCUUCCAAGUCGUCCAGCUGAUGAAAUCGCUGGCAAAAGGAGGCAGAACAAUCAUUUGCACGAUCCAUCAACCAUCCGCGCGUCUUUUCGAAAUGUUCGACCGACUUUACAUUCUCGGCUCGGGGCAGUGCAUUUACAACGGAACCGUCAAGGGACUCGUUCCUUUCCUCAACUCGCACAAUCUUCGUUGCCCGAAGUUUCACAAUCCGGCUGAUUACGUCAUCGAAGUCGCGAGUGGCGAAUUCGGCGAUGUUACUGACACCCUCAUCAAUUCCGUCAAAAAAGGUGCCUGCGAAGAUUUCCAAACAGACGAAGGAAUAAUGAAAUCGGCGCCAGAUAUUUACGAGCAACUUGUCGAUUCAGUUCUGGAUUCAUCGCCCGAAGAUCCACUGCCACUCGAGUACAGUUCUUCUACUGCUACAGAUGAAGACGACGAUGAACAUUUUUCGUUCAACACUUCUUCUUUGACGCAAUUCUGGAUUUUGCUGAAGCGUUCCUUUCUUUGCAUAAUGCGCGAUCAAAUGUUAACUCAACUCCGGUUCAUUUCUCACGUGAUCAUCGGCCUCGCCAUCGGUGUUUUAUACAACGAUAUCGGCAACAAUGCGUACUACACUCAACAAAAUGUCUCCAUGGUCUUUCUUGUCACUCUUUUCUUGCUCUUCUCCGCCCUGAUGCCUACAGUCUUGACAUUUCCGAUGGAAAUGCAGGUUUUUGUCCGGGAGCACAUGAACUACUGGUAUUCUCUCAAAUCGUACUACAUGGCCAAAACUUGCGCCGAUAUGCCCUUCCAGAUCGUUUUCCCCGCUAUUUUCUGUGUAAUCAUCUACUUCAUGACCGGCCAACCUUUCGUCACCGACAGAUUCUUGAUGUUUUAUAUCAUGUCAGUUUUGACUUCCUUGGUUUCCCAAAGCUUGGGAAUGCUCAUUGGCGCUGCUUCCCCACAAGUUGAGGUGGCAACUUUCAUGGGCCCCGUAGCUUGCGUGCCUUUGCUUCUUUUCGCCGGAUUCUUCAUCAAAGACGAAAUGGUUCCCGUCUACUUGAAAUGGUGCAGCUACGGUUCUUUCGUCCGCUACGCGUUCGAAGGAAGCUUGAUUUCAAUCUACGGCCCAGAUUUUUCCGGAAACGAUCGGGAAAAAAUCGCAUGCGACGCUCCUAAUGACCCGGAUAUGGUUGAUGAUAUUUUUGGCUUGAUGUCUCAGUGCGCCGCUGACAACCCAAAGCAGAUCAUGUCUCAGUUCGACGCAAAAGGCGAAAACUUCGGCUGGGAUUGCGCGAUGAUGAUCAUUUUCUUCCUUGUUCUCCGGCUCAUCGCGUAUCUGGCUCUAAAAGUCAAGCUUUCUCUCCACAACGACAACUUGUUGACUCACACUCGCUACUUUUUCCAGCAGCUGAAGCACGAAGGCUUCCGAGCUGCUUUCGGCUGCAACAAGUCCACCUCUUCCUGCUGCUGCUAG